AUGCUAGGCGAGAGAGGUGGAAUCGAGGCUGCUGCACACCGAGCUCUUGAACGUCAACGGCGCGAGGGAGAAGAAGCAGCAGCACGAGAUGAAAAAAAAUCACGGACUACACAAUAUCUGACUCUCGGACGACGCUGGUUCCUAAGAUCUUCUCAGGUCGAGGAUGAAACAGUUACAACGCAAAAUGAGGGAAAGUGGAAACGGUUCAAAAAACAUUUCCAAUAG